AGAUUCCCAGGUUGAUACAGAGCUCCCUCCCAGAACUCUGCCAUGUAUAUAAGCUCUGAGCUCUCCAAAGCCCACUGCCAGUUCUCUUCGUGGACUAACUGCAACGGAGAGACUAGAGAUGAUUCCUCUCUUAUCCAUAUUUUCUCUGUUCUUGCUUGUUGUGGUUAACCCUGCAAAUGCCAAUGGUCAUUAUGACAAGAUCUUGGCUCACAGCCGUAUCAGGGGCCGGGAUCAGGGCCCAAAUGUCUGCGCCCUUCAACAGAUUUUGGGCACCAAAAAGAAAUACUUUAGCACUUGUAGGAACUGGUAUCAAGGUGCCAUCUGUGGAAAGAAAACGACUGUGUUAUAUGAAUGCUGCCCUGGUUAUAUGAGGAUGGAAGGAAUGAAAGGCUGCCCAGCAGUUAUGCCUAUUGACCAUGUUUAUGGUACCCUGGGCAUUGUGGGAGCCACCACCACGCAGCGUUAUUCUGAUGUCUCAAAACUGAGGGAAGAGAUCGAAGGAAAGGGGUCAUUCACUUACUUCGCACCAAGUAACGAGGCUUGGGACAACCUGGAUUCUGAUAUCCGUAGAGGUUUGGAGAGCAACGUAAAUGUUGAAUUAUUGAAUGCUCUACAUAGCCACAUGAUUAAUAAGAGAAUGUUGACCAAGGACUUGAAAAACGGCAUGAUUGUUCCUUCGAUGUAUAACAAUUUGGGGCUCUUCAUUAACCAUUAUCCUAAUGGGGUUGUCACUGUUAACUGUGCUCGAAUCAUCCAUGGGAACCAGAUUGCAACAAAUGGUGUUGUGCACGUCAUUGACCGUGUCCUUACACAAAUUGGUACCUCAAUUCAGGACUUUAUUGAAGCAGAAGAUGACCUCUCAUCUUUUAGAGCAGCUGCCAUCACAUCUGAUAUAUUGGAGUCCCUUGGAAGAGAUGGUCACUUCACACUCUUUGCUCCCACCAAUGAAGCUUUUGAGAAACUUCCACGAGGGGUUCUAGAAAGGAUCAUGGGAGACAAAGUGGCUUCAGAAGCUCUCUUGAAGUACCACAUUUUAAACACCCUCCAGUGUUCCGAGGCUAUCAUGGGAGGAGCAGUAUUUGAGACUCUGGAAGGAAACACAAUUGAGAUAGGGUGUGAUGGUGACAGCAUAACAGUAAAUGGAAUCAAAAUGGUGAACAAAAAAGAUAUUGUGACAAAUAAUGGUGUUAUCCAUUUGAUUGAUCAGGUCCUGAUUCCUGAUUCUGCCAAACAAGUUAUUGAGCUAGCUGGAAAUCAGCAAACCACUUUCACAGACCUUGUGGCCCAAUUAGGCUUGGCAUCUGCUCUGAGGCCAGAUGGAGAAUACACUUUGCUGGCACCCGUGAAUAAUGCAUUUUCUGAUGAUACCCUGAGCAUGGAUCAGCGUCUUCUUAAAUUAAUUCUGCAGAAUCACAUAUUGAAAGUAAAAGUUGGCCUUAAUGAGCUUUACAAUGGACAAAAGCUCGAGACCAUUGGCGGCAAACAGCUCAGAGUCUUCGUGUAUCGCACAGCUGUCUGCAUUGAAAAUUCAUGCAUGGUGAGAGGAAGCAAGCAAGGAAGAAAUGGUGCCAUUCACAUAUUCCGAGAGAUCAUCAAACCAGCAGAGAAAUCCCUCCAUGAAAAACUGAAACAAGAUAAGCGCUUCAGCAUCUUCCUCAGCCUACUUGAAGCUGCAGAUUUGAAAGAGCUCCUGACACAGCCUGGAGAUUGGACCUUGUUUGUGCCAACCAACGAUGCCUUUAAGGGAAUGACUAACGAAGAAAAGGAAAUUCUUAUUCGGAACAAAAAUGCUCUUCAAAACAUCAUCCUUUAUCACCUGACACCAGGAGUUUUCAUUGGAAAGGGAUUUGAACCUGGUGUUACUAACAUUUUAAAGACCACACAAGGAAGCAAAAUCUUUCUGAAAGGAGUUAAUGAUACACUUCUGGUAAAUGAAUUGAAAUCAAAAGAAUCUGACAUCAUGACAACAAAUGGUGUCAUUCAUGUUGUAGAUAAACUCCUCUAUCCAGCAGACACACCUGUUGGAAAUGAUCAGCUGCUAGAAAUACUUAAUAAACUGAUCAAAUACAUCCAAAUUAAGUUUGUUCGUGGUAGCACCUUCAAAGAAAUCCCCAUAACUGUCUACAGACCCACAAUAACAAAGGUCAAAAUUGAAGGUGAACCUGAAUUCAGGCUGAUUAAAGAAGGUGAAACAGUAACUGAAGUGAUCCAUGGAGAGCCAAUUAUUAAAAAAUACACCAAAAUCAUUGAUGGAGUGCCUGUGGAAAUAACUGAAAAAGAGACAAGAGAAGAACGAAUCAUUACAGGUCCUGAAAUAAAAUACACUAGAAUUUCAACUAGUGGUGGAGAAGCAGACGAAACUCUGAAGAAAUUGUUGCAAGAAGACACACCUGUGAGGAAGAUACAAGCCAACAAAAGAAUUCAAGGAUCUAGAAGACGAUCAAGGGAAUAUCGUCCUCAGUGAAAAUCCAGACACCAGACAACAAAGUUUACAAAGCCCUAAAUCAACAACCUGAUUUUAAAGGAAAAAUAUGAGAGCCACGCUGACGUGAAGAACUGAACCACCAGCACAAAAAAGCAAUCACUGAACAAUUCUGAAUGCAAAUAUAGUAUUUUUUUUUUCUGAAUGAGAAACAGGAGGGUAAUUGUGGGCUUAGCCUCCUGUGGGAUAGAAUCUGAGGGAAACUUAACAACCUUACAGGCUUUUACAUCUUGACAUUAAAAUUUCUGGCUAACUCUGGAAUCCAUGAGAGAAAAUCCUUGCCACUGGAUUAAUUACAGUUCAAAUCUCAGAGUGGUGAGCUGUUAUCCCCUUGAGAAGAUUGAACCUUGAAUAAUGGAUAGAUAAAAUGCAUGCAAGGAGUUAGCUCUCAAUGGGAAAUGGAUAUAUAAAAAUGGGUGCUCAGUAUAAAAAAAAAAAUAAGAAAACCAAAACUUUUGUAUCAAAAAGGUUUGCACAUUUGUAAUACAAUGUGGGUUUACCAGAAAAUUAUGUUAUUUCUACAACUAAUUUUGUACUCUUGAAAUGUUUGUCUUAUGCUUCUUGCAAUACAUAUUUUUAUCUCAAACAUUUCAAUAAAACCAUUUUUCAGGUAUAAAAAGAAUUACUUCAAAGUGGGUAAUUCAAAAAACUCAAGGUUUAAGUUAAUAAGAGGUUUGGACUUGGGAACAGGACUUUAUACCUCUUUUUUUUUUAUAACAAAUACUCAUUAAAGGAAAUUGAAUGAAUUUA